ACGAAUGAGAGCGCUCAGCUGGUUCCCAGAGCCGAGGCGCCCGUUUCCAGUUCUCCUCGGACGGCUGAUGCUGCUUAGACGCCCGUCCCAGGCGCCCUUUCUGCCACCGCCCCUCCCCGCGUGUCAUGAGCUUUCCUAAAGACUCUUCUCGACGGUUUUGGGAAGCCCCGACUGAUCUGACCAUGGUGAUCUCCGCCGCCUUGGGCCCCGGUAUUGCCCGCCUCUUUUACUACCCGACCCUUCUGUACACGCUGGUGCGGGCGCAGCUGCCUGGCUCGCAACGGCCGUGGUUCAACCGCAUCGACCGCGCGGUGGUCUUGGGGGCCCUCCCACUGCGGGGACACUGCCGCCAGUUGAUAGAACAAGAGAAUAUCCGAGGAGUACUCACCAUGAAUGAAGAGUAUGAGACUCGCUUCCUAUGCUGCUCUCCAGAAGAAUGGGAGGCAAUGGGUGUAGAACAAAUGCGUCUUAGCACUGUGGACUUGACUGGAAUCCCUUCACUAGAAAAUCUACAGAAAGGUGUCAAAUUUGUAUUGAAACAUCGUGAAUGUGGAAACAGUGUCUAUGUGCACUGCAAAGCUGGACGCAGUCGCAGUGCCACCAUGGUUGCUGCUUAUUUAAUUCAGGUCCAUCACUGGACUCCUCAGGAAGCAAUUGAAGUCAUUGCUAAGAUUCGUCCUCAUAUCAUUGUUCGUCCUAAACAGCUGAAGUUAUUAGAGGAUUUUCAUAAGACUGUAACUGAUGAAAGUCACAGCAGAAGCCGACAGAUGCAAAACACCAACUACCACAGAAUAAGCAAAGAGACAAAAAGUCACUGAAAGAUAUUCAGGAUUCUCCUCUGAAAACAUAUGGUUCCUAAUUUAUUGUUUAGGAGCAAGUUAUCAGUCAGUGUUUCUAUUCUUGUAGAAUAAGAGUUUUAAUUACUGCCUGCUUUGCAAUCAAUAGGUGAGCAU